UACAAUUAUUAAUGAAAAUGCCUACACUUUUAGGAUCAGAACCAUGAUAUCCAUGAAACUUUUCAGAUGUCUCUUAUUGUUGAGUCUCUAUUUCCAUCAAACUAAAUCACAGGCUCAAUCUCAAGUGGUUCAAGGCUAUGACUGCUCGGAUAUAUGGCAAAGGAAUAAUCUUACUACCAGUGGAAUAUACCUGAUAAAGCCAGAGGAAGCUGAAUUCUCUUUCCCGGUAUAUUGUGAAAUGUCUAAAAAUGGUGGCUGGACUCUAAUCCAAAAACACAAUGGAGAAGAUGGAUUAAACUUUGAGAAAAUGUGGACAGAGUAUGAAAAUGGAUUUGGCAAUCUCCAAGGUGAACACUGGCUUGGCCUCAAGUACAUUUACGCCCUAACCAACCAGAAGGAUAGACCUUCCAAACUGCACAUCAGCGUCGGGGACUUUGAUGGCCAUGAAGCCUAUGCAAAAUAUGAUUCCUUUAGCAUAGGCAAUGCAAGCAGCUACUAUAAAUUGUCUGCAGGAAAUUACUCGGGUACAGCUGGAGAUGCCUUCCUUGGAGAUGGAAGAAACACCACUAAUCAGCAUGGUAGCACAUUCAGCGCUGUAGAUCUUGCCACGGACAAUUGUCACCCAUUUUGCAUGCUUGGUGACAUAAUUUACCUCAGCUGUAGUGAACAAUACCGUACUGGCUGGUGGUUUAACGCCUGUGGAUCUGCAAAUCUGAAUGGCGUUUGGCGCUCACCACCAAUAUAUAGAUACUGGACCCCAUCUGUGUCGUGGCCAACAUGGAGACCCAGCGAGUCCCUGAAAUUCAGUAAAAUACUGAGUGUCUUUUUAUCUUCUGCUGCUUUUAAGUUUGUGCCUCCUGACAAAACCAUGACCUCAAAGGAAGUCAUUAUCCAUAAGAAAACCUUCCUAUCUUUGUUUGGCUGGUUUCAAGCACAAGGGCAAAACCAUGAGGAAUGUUGA